AUGGGCGAGUCAUAUGGACCGUACCAAUCAAAUUUGACUACCAAAUACUUCUCAAAACUAUGUCACAUUAUAUUUUUUUGGGGUUUACCAAAUUUCUGGAUAGAGGACUUGAAACUAUCCAGAACACUCAUAAUAUCAUAUACAUAUUUCACGAGAUUCGUCACUGCAUUAUUAUAUAUUUUUCUAAUAUUGGAAUACGGCGCUUUUUUUACUCAGCCAUCAUUGUCAGAGAAACAGAGCACAGACAGACUCCUGUUCACAUUUUCUCAUCCCCUACUCUUUAGUUAUACCUUUUUUAUGAACCGUAAUAUGCACAAGAUCAAAGAUCUACUGUACAGUCUCACUGUAACAUUAAAAACUGAGUACAAUUAUCACAAUAUCGAAAUUAGUAUGAUUCGAAAGGGAAAAUUGUAUUGCGUUGGAUGUAUAGGAAUAUGUUCCAUGGCAAUGGUGAUGUACGGGAUUGAUGGAGCUACGCAGUAUUUAAAUACAGGAGCGUCUUUUACUACAGUUAUAACAGCAUGGCCUGACGUGAACGAUACACGACAAAACGCGCACAUGUUCCGAGUGGUCACGUAUGUCAUUUGGUGGGUCUUCAUGUUCCGAGUAUUUAGUGCGUAUUUACUUAUAAUCCCAAUAAACGUUUGCCUGAGCCACCAAUACAUACAAUUAAGAACUUACUUCCACUCUCUUGCCGCCAUUUUUGAGGAUAACAAGUUAUCGCCCGACAAAAUGGAUGAGAAAUACGAAGAGGGAUUCGUGAUUGGGAUAGGGCAACAUGCGAUGACUAUAAGGUGCGCACGCCACAAUCAGGACGUGUGCAGCGCCAUCUUCGUUGGUCAAAUAAUGGUCAACGUUCAAGUGCUGGUGCUCCUCAUGUCUCAAUUAGUGGCUUCCGAGAGGAGUCUGGGCACAUUGUUCGUGGCAGCCACUACUUCCGUCUCACUGCUGUUCUCCACUGGUUUCUUCAUGUGGAAUGCUGGAGACGUCACAGUUGAGGCAUCAAAACUAGCAACAGCUAUGUACAGUUCAGGUUGGGAGAACUGUACACGCAGGUGUGCAGUACGAGUGCGGAAGCUGUUGGUCCUGGCCAUGAUGCAGGCUCAGAAACCAGUGAUAAUCCGCGGUAUGGGCGUUAUUGAGAUCUCGUAUCAGUCGUAUUUAUCGAUCGUCAAGUCAUCGUACUCCGUAUUCUCAGUGCUGUACUGA